GAACGCCGCAGAAGACAACAAACAAACCCUUUCCUUCUUGAUGUCGCUUCCUUUCCCGGACGGUUACCUUUACUGAGCGUCAUGCUGCCGGGCAUUGGAGUCUUUGGCACGGGGGACAUUGUGCGAGCCCUUGUGCCCUUUCUCAGGGCUAAGGGCUUCCGCGUUGAGGCUGUGUGGGGGAGGACACUUGAAGCUGCGGAAAAUGUCGCCACUGAACUCAAUAUUCCUUUCCAUACAAAUAAGGUUGACGAUGUUCUCAGAAAGGACGUGGACCUCGUUUUCAUCAUCUGUCAGCCAGACUUGCAUGCCCAGAUAGCAGUAAAGGCCUUGGGAAUUGGCAAGCAUGUCCUGUGUGACCGGCCAGCUGGUCUCUGUCAGCUUGAGGUGUUGAAGAUGGUGCACGCGGCACAGUACUAUCCCUCGCUGAUCUCGGUGAUCUCGCAUGGCUUGCGCUUUCUCCCAGCCUUUGUGCACAUGAAGCGACAGAUCGAGGCAGGCUACGUUGGAACAGUGAACGUGUGUGAUGUUAGAGUGCACUGUGGUAGCAUGAUUGGCAGCCAGUUUGACUGGAUGUGCAGCCACCUGAUGGGAGGGGGUAUCCUGACCAUGGUGGGCAGCCACAUCAUUGAUGUGAUCUCCUUCGUGACAAGCCAGCGUGCCACUCGUGUCCAUGGCAUGAUGCGCACCUUCACCAAGAGCACAGAGAAGAUCAAUGGUAUCCGUUGGAUUGAUAGUGAUGACUUCUGUAGCUUCCAGAUGAUCCUGGAUGAGGGGGCCUGUGUGACAGCCACACUAAACAGCCACAUGGCAGGGGGCUUUGUACAGGAGGUUGUGGUAUGUGGCAGCAGAGGCAGGCUGGCUGUGCGCGGGGCUAACCUCUAUGGCCAGAGACACACCUCGGAGAAGGAAGAAGAGCUGCUGUAUGAAGGAGCUGAUGACGUGGCACAUCUCACCAACAAGAACAACAGUGCCAGGAUAAACUCUUUGCUGCCUCAGCCAUACCUGCAGGGCCUUCGGCUGGCAGGUGCACUCAAGGAGGCCUUCGCCACAGGGGAUGGGGAGCAUGGUUGGCUCAAGGAACCCGUUUCGACCGCAGCCACCUUCGAGGAUGGCCAGUAUGUCCAGGCAGUCAUCGAUGCCAUCAAGCUUUCUUCAGCCAGUCGGCAGUGGGAGCAGGUAACUGUAGCCAAUGAUGAGAGCGAACUGAACCCUUUAAUGACCAGGCUUAAUCUCCCUAACAUUAAUAUGAGCUCUCUGGACGCACUGUCACAGGCUCCAACUAACCGAAUCACUCCACAGCGUAAGGUCACUAGCUCUGAGUCACACCUUCCUUGGAGCUUUGCCACAAAACACUAAAAAGAAAACCAAAAAAAACAAAGCAAAAAAAAAGAAAAAAAGUCAAACUAUAUUUGCUUUUUAUGGUGAUUUGCUCUUGCCAAUACAGUGGGUAGAAGUUGGUGUUUUUUCUUUUUCUUUUCUUUUCUAUUGUUUUAAUUUUUAUUUUAUGAUUUAUCCUCACAAGCAAAGCUGUAUUGCAUAUGGUAAUGCAUUAUGCUAGAUGUACAUAUUUAUGCAUCUAUCUGCUGCAAAAUCCUCUUAGAUGUAGCAUAUGUUGACAGGACAAUUUCGUGUUAGUUCACCAGGAAUUUUUAUUCUGUUUGGUUUAAGUAAAGCAAGAGCUUUCAUGCUUCUAAUGUAACUCCUCUUUUGAGGAAGUUGCCUGAAUCUUGUGCUAUGUGAUAGAUGCCACACACAGCUUGCAGCAAAAGUUUUUUUGAACCACUUUCAGAAACAUAAAAAAGCCACAGUAAGAAUUUUGUUAGAGAGGAGGAACAUGCUUUUUGCAUACAGUACUUGUAUGAAUGACUUGUUACUUUUAUUUCUAAUCAAUUAAUGUUAGUAGAACUAAACAAAAAAAAAGAUACAGUUUGCCAAACAGAGUAACAUUAAUCAACAAUAUUGUAAUGCUAUUAGGGGCAGCACAUAAUGUUUGCACAUAUGAAAAAGUUAUAUUAAUUUUUGUAUGUAUUUAGAUAUAAUUCUUGCAUUUACUUUGACUGUGGCUGUUUUAGUUAUGUUUUUCAUUUCAUUUCUUCAUGAAAAAUAUUUGCUCCUCUGUUGCUAACACCUAAUUCAAUCACAGAACACAAAUACAGUAAUGCCUGCAAAUAAACAACAACACAAAAUGAAGUGAGACACAGCUGCAUUUCAUUGUGUUGCAGCUGUGUAGUUCCUCCUGCCUGUCAGUUAGGAAGUUAUGAUUCUCUCUCACACCUGCUUUGUCAACAAGCACCUGUAUCUUUAGUUGAUACCAAAGUAUAGUAUGUGAUGUUCUUCAGUCUACCAUGGGCUCUGUAACUGAUGUUUAUACUCUCAGCUUUAGUAUUGUAAAUAGCCAGAACUAAAGUGAUGUCUGUUUCAUCAUUAUUUUUAUUCUGCUUCUCAAAUGGUAGGAUAACUUUAUAUCAUGCAGUGCUGCAGUAGGGUCUUAAGAUAGGUAUAGCAUGUAUAAUGCAUGUGGUAAUAAAUAUUUUGCUUAGGAAAGGCUGGAAUUGGAACAUAACCGCUAUAAAGCACCUUGGAUUCCUUUUUCUUUUAACAAAGAUCCUUAUUUUUUAUAAAUGCUUUCAAAAUGUGUCGAGUAAUUUUUCUUUCUUUUUUUUCUUUUCUUUUUUCUUUCCUUUCUUUUGUGUUUGCAUUAUACCUUAUUGAAAAAGGUUGUGUCCUGUCAUUCAGCAGGAAUAUACUCAUUGGUGAUGCUAGAUUUGGUGCCAAACACACUUCAGCUCCCCUCUUCAUUUUAGCCUGUGGCAGAUUUUGUCUUUGCUGUCCAUUCUACAAUUAAAUCUCGGUGUUGUAUAGAACUUCCAUAACAUUUUCACUGUAACUUCAAGUAUGAAUAGUGUAACUUCAGCAAUGUAUUACUGACUCUGUCCAUGUAGAGUAGGUUUUGCUUCUGUGUUCAUCAGAUGUUCCACAUGUUCUAUCAAACGUAAUGGGCAUUUGUUCUAUGGGUUAUUGUAAUAGAUUAAAGUUCUCUCCCUAAUUUAAGAUGUCUUUAAGUGGAGCAGUUGAGUUUGUACAUAUUUUUGCUUGUUACAGCUUCAGUAGUUGUACUAACAAACAAAAAUUGCCAGGAAUAUACAUGUAAAAUCUUUGAUGAUGAAAAGA